AUGUUGGGAAUCCUCAUAGCAUCUUAUAUCUAAAUACCCCUCCCAGAUAAUGUUGAGGAACCAUGGAAAAUAAUACUGCUUAAUGCUGUUUUCAAAACAAUAUCAUAUUUGGUAAACCGUCUUGCUGAAAUGUUGGGUCUAAACCACUUAACAGAAUUCAUGAUAAUCAUUUCAAGCUUUCAAGAUGUUCCACCAACAUCAGAUGAAAAUGUAACCGUGAGAGAUACAACAUUUAACAACAUUCCUGUCCGUGUAUAUGUGCCAAAAUGGAACCCAGAAUCAUUAAGAAGGAACUUAUUUUUUAUCCAUGGAGGUGGUUGGUGUUUGGGUAGUAAUGAUAAGUCUUUUAACACCUAUGGCCUUCUGUCAAGAUGGACAGCAGGCAGACUAGAUGCAGUUGUCAUAUCAGCCAACAGCAGACUAGCCCCAAAGUAUCAUUUUCCAGUUCAGUUUGAAGAUGUAUAUACUGUAUUAAAAUGGUUUUUACACCCAGAAGUUCUUGAAAGCUAUGGUGUAGAUCCUUGGAGAGUCGGUAUUUCUGGAGACAGCGCUGGAGGGAAUUUAGCUGCAGCUGUGACUCACCAACUCUUAGAAGACCUAGAUGUCAAGAUCAAACUCAAGAUCCAGUCUUUAAUAUAUCCUGCCCUUCAGAAUUUUGAUUUGGAUUCACCAUCAUAUCGAGAAAAUUCACAUUUUUCAGUUCUGUCCAAAUCACUCACGGCCAGGUUCUGGAGCGAGUAUUUUACUACAGAUAGAUCACUCGAGAAAGCCAUGCUCUCCAACCAACAGGUACCUCUGGAAUCAGUUCAUCUGUUCAAGUUUGUUAAUUGGAGUUCCUUACUCCCUGAGAAGUUUAAGAAAGGCCACAUGUAUAAGAAUCCAACUCAUGGUAGUUCAGAACUAGCUGAAAAAUAUCCAGGCUUCCUAGAUGUGAGGGCUUCACCUUUGCUGGCCGAUGACGACAAGUUGAGUGGUUUACCCCUGACCUAUGUUAUCACUUGUCAAUAUGACGUGUUAAGAGAUGACGGACUCAUGUACGUUACUCGACUUCGGAAUGCUGGAGUUCGGGUGACCCAUAACCAAAUAGAGGGUGCAUUCCAUGCAACAAUUUCUUUUCUGUAUCUUGAAAUCGGUUAUAGAACAGCAAAUCAGUAUAUGGGCUGGCUACAUGAAAACCUGCAGUAA